AUGAACAUUUACAAAGUAGCAAGCACAUUUCUAUUUGGAAAUUUGCUCAACUGCACUUCUAGCCACGUUCAGAAAUUGCCUAAAUUGAAGACAUAUUCACUCACGCUUGGAAUUUUGAUAUUACUAGCCACUUUCAGAAAUUACCUCAAGUGCAGAUUAGGGUCUUCAUUUGAAGAACCAGAGUAUUGCCCAGUUGUUUGCAGCAUUUGGAACAUUAUAGGUUCGAACUCAAACAGUGCUGUUGUGAUUUUUGGCAAUGCCAGUACUCAUAGUGUUAGGAUUAAAAACAACAUAUUCCCUUAUGUUAUAGACUCUAUCAUUGGUAAUAUUGAUAAUGUCGUUAUCAACCAAGACAAGGAUUGCCUCUUUCUCGUCUGA